AUGACUGCAGCUGCCUCGAUCGACGUAGCUCGGAGGCACGCUAGGCCUGCUACUCGCCAGCGAGGUAUCUCGCCUGAUCCUAGCGCCUCGGUGGCUCCCAAACCUGAAGCUGAAGGGCGGCCGAGACAUCAAAGGUUGAUCCUGGAGGAGGAAUGGGAGGAGGAAUUCAUAUUCAGUGAAAUUCCUUCCCCCAUGCUUUCGAACACCUCGACUAAAGCGGGUGGACCUCAUCGGCGCUGCCCUUCCGGCCAAAUUGUGGUGGAUGCGGUUCCGAUUAGACAGAUCGCUCCUGCGCUUAGCAUGGAUGAAGGUUUAUUAUGCCACCUCCCCCGGGAAGCGCUUAUCUAG